AUGAGUAAAGAAGAACAGCACAACGGAAAAGUAAAUAACUGCGAACAAGGACCAAAGCCUGGCGUUGAUCGACAUCAAGAUGUUGGCUUGGAAAAUGAAUAUGACGUUGAGUUUUGGAUGAAAGUAAGCUCAAUUAUCCCAGAAGUGGGUAAAACUUUGAGCUUUUAUGAUUUGGAAAUUCAGUUAAUUGAUGAACGUUUUACCGUUGUGUUCACUUCGUAAACAUUGAAAAUAAAAAUUUUUCGGGACAUAUUUUAACCAUAAUUUCCUUUUCGGCGGCGUGAAGAUACAAUUUGUGUUCAUUACUGUAAUUGUUUUGGUUCUGUUAUUUUAUGAGAAAAUGAAAUUGUGAGGGAAAGGUGAGAUGCCAGCAUAUGGAUCGCUCUGUGGCAAGUCUUAAAACCCUCCAUAGUUAAAAUCAGUUAAUCGUCAUUAUAUUAUGCUAGAGCAUACCUAUGUUUUAGGUUCGUUUGAAGCAGAGUAAUGGACUGACAUGGAGUAGAGCCAUGGAUCAAGUAACUGUUGAAAAACUAAUUCAGAAAUAUAAGGAUAAUGGAGAAUUGGAAAGGGAAGAUCCAGCACUUGUGAUGUUAAAACAGUGGCCAGGGUCUAAACAGUACAAAGAUAACCCUGAAGCACUUCCAGGCCUUGAACAGAAGGUAAAGUCGAAUAAUCUGUGUUUGGAUCAUUAGUCAAUUAUUUUCUUGAUGAAAAUUGAAGGGCAUAUUAUGCAUUAUGUCAUGCGAGAGGAAAGCUUCUGUAAAGUGGUAAUUGCUAUGCCAAAUAAUUAAAUGAAAAUUUUUUUAAAAUGAUGACGCGAUGUACAGGACAAGAAAGACUGGAAUAUCAUUUAUUUAUUAACACUUUGUCAAGUACCAUGUUUGAGAUGACAUUGUUUGUCAACAUAUGAUGAUUGUUGACAUGUUUUCUUGCAGAUCAAUGGUCUCUUUGAGAUUAUUUUAGAAAGUGAACUGAAUGUAUACAAUAAAUAUCGGACAUUCAGAGAUGAAAAAGACAAAACAAGGAAGACAUUGCUGCAUUAUGCCUCAGAACUUGGAUUUUUACUUGUGUGUAAAACAUUGGUGAAGAAAUACCCAGUGCUUCUAAAUUUACAGACAGAGGAAGUUAGGGAAAUACGAACCAUGUUACCAGUUGAGUUGGCCUUGGUUGCAGAAAACGAUGAAGUGUCAGCAUACUUGAUUAGGAUGAUGUGGCAUGAAAGGUAAAAUGCUAACUGUUGCUUCUAGAAAUGACACUUACUAUUCAAAUUAGGAAAUGUUCCCAAAAAAUUAUCCAAGGGCAAGAUAGAUUACCUCCCUGGCAAGCAGUAAAUCAGUAUGAAAAGCCCAGCUCAAGCUGCAUUUCAAUGCAACUUCAAAAGGGAAGUUUAGUUUGGAUUCCUUUUCGCCCUGUUUUGUUAAAGCAAUAUUUCUGAGAAUAAAAAAAAUGAUACAACCAAAAAAAAACCCUAAGGAAAGGUUAGAAAUCCAGAAAGCACAUGGUCAGCAAUUCAAGGAAUUGUGUGCGUGAAAUUCAAAACUUAUGUAAAUAUCAAGUAUCUAUUAUUGCCAUGGUACACAUUUACAUCAAGACAAUUAUUUUGGAAUAGAGUCAAUUAGAAUGGUCUGUUAGAGUGUGUGAACUGAAGGCUUAAUUUGGUUACAACAAGUUAUAUUUCAUCACAAAGAUGAUUCAUACAGUGAGGGGAGUUAAAAAUAUAUAUGCAAUCAUCAUCACAAAUAAAUUUACCCAAGCAUUGUAAAAUAUGUCAAAUUGAAACCAGAAAGAACUUGUGGGUUAUAUUACCGAUAUUAAUUUUUCUCAUUCAAUUCAUUUAACCCUUUAACUCCCAGAAGUGAUUAGCAUGUAGCUUCUGGCCUGGAUAUCCAUACAUUUUACAGCAAAAGGGUAAUGACAAUACCAAAACUUAUAUGUUUGAAGUUGUCAUCUUGAUCUAAUACCAAAUUCUCGUCACUAAUUUACAAGGAAAUGUUUAGCAGCUAGAGAGGAGAAUUAGCAAUCAGAUCUUGGGAGUAAAAGGGUGAAAAGAUACAUUAAGAUUGGUAUGGAAAACAAAAAUAAUGAUAUAAGUAAUAAAUUAUUGACAAUGAUGAUAAUGUUAGAAAUAGGUUCUGUGUUGUCAGUUAGGUCAAGUGAUCUGGAGUUCUCAUCAGUUGACAUGUUGUUUUUAUCUGCUGUUAGAGUCCAGAAACUAUUUUUUUGGAGACCAAAAAAUAUCGCAAAUCCAAAGCCAUCUUUCUUCAGUUUUAAGUCCUUUAUUGAGAAUCCAAAAAUGAAGGUGGGUAUUAUGAUUUUGUAUACAUCAACUGAGAGAUACAUGCAGGCCUGUUCCUAUACAAAAUGCAUUUUUUUCAUUGGUACUUAACUCAUCUCAUGCUUUAAAUUUUUCCUCUCAUGCUUAAAUCUUCAUAUUAUCAGAAUAGUUUUUAGCCAAGCAGAUCAUCAAGGAAGACAACAUUGUAACAGUUGUGUUUUGUAGAUUUUUUAAAUGUACUUUUGAACUGCAUUAGGGAAUUUAUAGUUGCCAUUUGUAUUUGAUUUCCACAGAAGACAGUAAUAGCUGUACUAGAUCAGAUGAUGAAUCCCCACUGGCCACACCUUCCAAAACGUAAAGACAGCUAUGAAAAUGAAAAAGAGAAGGAGGUUGUUGAGGGAGCCUGGCGUACAAUCACAGAUGAUCCUUUGGACUAUCAUUUUUACUAUCAUAUUUUGGAUGGUGAUGAGGGAGGACGACCCCCAAAAGUUAUGAUGCCAGGAGGACAUGCAUGGACGGAAAACAAAUAUUUCAACUGGAGGGACAUGUCUUGUUUACAUGUCAUUGCUAAGAGCAGAAAUUUGGUAAGGUUGAGGUUUUUAAAAAAGUAAUUAUUCUGUGUGUGGUAAUCCUGUGUUUGGAGAUAUACAUGCAGGAGUUAUCCAAAAUAUUUGGUUCUCUAGCUUGUUAUAUCAAGGGGUUGUAGCAACACUCUGAGAGUUUUGGGCUCAUUAGCUGAGAUACUGUCUUUUACUCAUGUUCACUAGCUCAUCUAGUUAAAAUCUUUUGAUUUGGUACAUUUCUUGCUGUUCCAGUAGCAUAUCACUCAUAUUCUUGCUUAAACAUUUCUUUCGGUUUUGCAAUUUUUCAGGAGGCACUUCAACAUCCUGUGGUCAGAAUGCUGGUUAAAGCAAAAUGGAAAAGUUAUGGACACUUCUUUCUCAGGUGCAUGUGAACCCAGCGGAAAAAAGUUGGUUACCUAAGAUUGUUUCAUCAUUCAAUUGAAAAAAAAAAAGAAAUAGAAAUGACUGUGUUGAUCCAAGCUGCUAGUAAUGUAUUGGAGCAAAAGAAGGGUUUAAAGUGGAAUUAUAGAGAAGAAAUAGAGACUGAGGUUAGAGUAAGAAUUCCCGGAGUGUUCCAAUCCAUCUGCCAAAUAAUAGAUUUUUUUAGAUGCCUGGAUAUGGCCUUCAGAUCUGUUACUACAAAAAGCUGAAAUGAAGCACAAAUGAAAGCAUUAUAAUGUAUACUUGUAAAGUAAAAUUUAUUUGUACUUAUUAAUAAUGUUGCUAUUUAUUUCACAGCCUUCAAGCAGCAUUUUAUGUGAUCUUCUUGCUGUGUUUGUCAUAUUCUCUGUUGAGUGCUUCCACAACAGUAGACCCCACCCAAUAUGGGGGGGAACCUGAUUCACUGCGUGGAUUUUGUGAGAUUUUCACCCUAAUUAUGGUGGUCUUUUACAUAUGUGAAGAAAUUAAUCAAAUGAGAUUGUAAGUAUGCAAUUCUAGUUAGUGUGAAAUCAGGUUAGAACACCAUUUUUAGCCAAAGCCCCGGACAUUUUACCAUUUGCAAGUGUACAUGUAGGUUGAUAUAGAUUAGGGAAGACUUGGUAGUAGUUUAGAGGUGGAAUUAAUUACUACACAAUCAACUUUGAGCGUUUGCCCUUUGUCAGAUUGAGUAGAGGUGAUGGAAUUGUUAGGUCAUGGUAAGGUUAAAAAAAUAAGAAUGAAUUAAUUCAAUGAAAAGUGUUCUUUGCAAACCUUUAAUCUGUCUGACUUCCCCUAGAGAGGGGAAGUUGUACUUCACAGAAUGGAUGACCCUGUUUGACUGGUCAGGCCUGUUGCUUAUCCUGUGUAUAAUACCCUUGCGGUACACGCAAAGUAAAGCUCAGUGGCUUGUGGCAUCUUUAGCUUUCUUGUUCAACUUCCUGAGGAUCUUUAAGUUUUCUUGCCUGACAAGGUAAACUGCAUCAUAAGCUACGUUUGAUAGGUUUGAGAGAAUGUCAGCAAAUUAGAACAAGAAAAUAAUAUCUGUGAAACUUACUCACACAGUUGGAUUAGGUUUGGAUUUUGGUUAACUAGCCUAAUUUACAAUUAGUGCAACCCCGCCAUCUUGGCACCUUCAUGAUGGAAAUUUGGACGUUUUUAAAACGUCUCAACGAAAAAAGAUAUAGAAUAGAAAGAUUAAAAAAAGCGUCCUAGGAGAGCAGACAGACGGGAGUAAUGGAAUUAAAAGAAUAAAGAAGAUGGACAAUUUGUUUAAAACAGCCAAAUGCUUUCCAUGGAGACGACGCAUGGCAACGUAUCCGCCUCACCUGAAAUUUUAUUAGAAGACUGUUGAAAACUGUUAUAUUCUUAUUAAGUAUAAUUCGAACAUCAUUAUGUAUCACAUAACUUGUGUCCUUAAUGUAAUAGAACCGUGUAUAUUUUUUUUCAGGACAACCGGAUUAUACACAAAAACCUUGGCUAAGAUCAUUUUGCACGAUGUGACAAGAUCCAUGGCGGUUUUUAUUGUUAUCUUUUUCUCCUUCUGUGGUGCUUUGUCUUUAUCGCUCUGUUACUCCGAUGAAAACCAACAGUUUAGGUAUGUCUUAAUCUUGCUUGCUUAAAUGCUACUGAAUAAAUGUGUUGAAUUAUUUGGUUGGCUGAUGUUUACUCAGCACUAUCUGCGAAUUUUAGUUGGAUGAAAUGUAUAUGAUAACACCUGAAGUGAUAUGAAAUUUCUGUUUAUGUGUUGCAGAUCAGUCUAUGUGUUACAGUCCAUGCUAAAUCCAUUUUUUUUUUUACAUUAGUGACUUCGGAGAUGUGUUAUUGAGUGGCUUUCGCGCGCUCUCUGAGCAAAGACCAAUUGCUUACGAUUAUUCAAAUUUCAAGUGAGUUGAUUUCUUUCUAAAAGGUCGAAUAUGUUUUUACUCCGUUUACUUGUUCAGAUCUCUUUACCUUAAGAUGAGUUUAUUACCACUAAGAUAAAAGGUGAAACUAACCACGUAAGAGCAUUUGAUUUAUUCCUUGCAGCUGGCUCUCCAUUCUGCUAAUGAUGGCCUACAUGGGGAUCGUGAUAGUAAUUCUACUCAAUAUUCUCAUUGCACAAAUGAGUACGACCUACACACAGGCCAAGAAAGUCGCCCGUCUGGAAUAUGAUGUGGAUCGUAUUCUACAACUCACACGCAUGGAGAGAUUUCCUUUUCUGGUAAAUGAACAUUCUUCGCUAAUGGAAUUGUAGCAUUUUAUCAUUAAGCGUGCACCGGUGUUCGUGAUUGACGCUAAGUGGCAGCGUGCAUUAGCGCCAUACGUGACUGUGAGCGUGAGGAGAAGAACGUACCGUUAGGGUAGGAGGGGGCUUAGGUAUAGUUGUAUUCUUCUGCAAUUGAGGGGUGGCCUCAUAGACUUAAUUACUUUUACAUCUUUUCUUUAUGCAGAAUCUGCGCGUGAAGUAUUACAAAGAGGGAGACUGGAUCAGUGAAAUGAAACUCGCCCAAGGUCUGCGUGAAGUAUUUAACCAGGACUAUUUUCACGAUAAUUUUUAUGCGUAGCAAUCGGGAAAAACAGUUUUUUUUAGUCUUGUAUCCUAUUUGUACUUCUCUGAACGAAGGGAGAUGAAGAAGACCUUCGGCACAGUUGAUACUCAGUUAUAAUAGAAAAGGAGUAAUCUUUCUCAUGCCUUAACAGCUGUAAGGUUCUUUAUGUUCUUAAAUUUGAUCUUGGUUUGUUUGUAGAUCUUCUUGAAUUCAGUGAAGAUCGCAGCCCUUGGGAGUCGGUGGAAGAGAAACUUGCUGCGAUUCGGUAA